AUGGUGCACCUGCCCCCUCCCCCCGCCGACCCUUCCACCGUGCCAGAUCUGGCUGCGCACGAUGUUGUGCCGCCCGAAGGCCGCCACCGCCCGGGAGGUAGACCCAGGCUCCGAGGGUGUCCCAAUCGCGACCACCCCACUCCAGCAGGAGGACCAACCCCCCGGCAACAGCUUCAGGACUUCUGGACCGACCGGAUGGCUGAGAUCGAGCAGAUAUCGGAGUUCAAGACCCACAACGUUCCUCUCGCGAGGCCGCGGAUCAAGAAGAUCAUGAAGGCUGCCCCAGAGAAGUCCUGA